AUGGCUAAAAAGACAAGCAGAUCCAACCAGCCAGCACCUUCAAAGGGCCAAAAUAGCAAAGCGCAAGAAAAAGAAACACAAGAAGAAGCCUUGCAUUUGAAUGACGUUUCCGACUCUUCUUCUGAGGAAGAAUUGUCCAGUGAUGAUGAAAUAGAAAUGGAAGGUCUUGAACACACCACCACCAAUGUUAAAGCUUCCAAAAAGGGUCACACAGUCAACCUUACGAAGGCCGAAGCCGAUGCGCCAUCGAAGAGCUCAAAGAAAAGAGGUGUCAUCUACAUUGGAAGACUUCCUAAGCUGUUCCAAGAAUACGAAUUGAAGAAGUACUUCUCUCAAUUUGGCGACAUUUUGAAGGUGAGAGUUUCCAGAAACAAGAAAACAGGAGCUUCUAGACAUUAUGGUUUCAUCGAGUUCAAAGAUUACGAAGUGGCUAAGGUCGCUGCUGACACCAUGAACAAUUACCUUUUAGUGGGACACUUGUUGAAGGUCCAUGUUAUCGAAAACCCAAGUGAUAACUUGUUCUCUAAAAAAAUGAAGAGCAAUUUCAGGGAAUUUGACUGGAGAGCUAAGGAGUAUGCAGAGUUCCACCAACCUAAGCCUUUGGAGGAAUGGAAAAAGUUGCAAGCUGAGUUUGAGCAGAAAAAGGAAGAAAAAUUCGCCGAAUUGAAAACCCUAGGCUUCGAUUAUGCACUCGAAGCAUAG